UCAGAAAAUAAUACAACUCUUCUUCCCCCAAACUUCUUCCUCUUCCUAAACCCUAGCUUUACCUCUCUUCCCUUCCCUCUCCUCUCUCUGUUGUGCUUCUCUGUCCUCUUGGUUUGUGCGCAGGUGUGGCGUGAAGGAGCCUGUAAUCCUUCCCUGAUAAGUUCAACGUAUCAAUUGGUGCACUCGUUGUUCUGCUUCCAUGUCGAGUGAGGAGAAUUCGUCACCCCACCAUGAUCAACGGGACGAGCGCAUCGACGACCUACAGCAUACCAUGCAUCAGAUGCAGCAAGAUCUAGAGUCCAAAUUUGCUAGGUGGGAAGCUCUGGUGUUGGCGAACAGGCCACCACUCCUGCCACAUCCUAUCGGCAACGUCGGCAACCAUAUUCCGGGGGAGUCCUCCUUGGGUCCACAUGGCAGGCUGCCAAAACCAAAGCUCGAUGCCCCAAAAACGGAUGGGUCUCAUCCACUCCGAUGGCUAUAUAAGGUCCAAGAAUAUUUUGCCUUUUACGACACUCCACCAACGGAACGGUUACGCUGCGUCACGUUGAUGCCUGAAGGGACGGUGGCCGAUUGGUAUCAUUGGAGGCGAAAGGGCAACAUGAUUACUAGUUGGGAGGAUUUCAUGACGAAAUUCAAGCUUCGUUUCAACCCACUCCAUUAUGUUGAUUACUUCGGGCAAUUGGUGAAACUUCGUCAAAGCGUAGUCAUGGAGUACCAAACCGAAUUUGAAAGAAUCCUUCAACAUCUGUCGGGGGCACCGGAAGCGAACCUCGUCUCUUUGUUCCACUCCGGUCUAAAGCCCUACAUGCACCAUGAGAUUGCGUUAUUGGCACCCGAGUCCCUCGCAGAUUCUUUCGCCCUAGCCCGGGAACCGGAAGCGAAACAUGCAGCCCUCUUACUGUUAGUUCCUCCUCGACAUGGGUCGGGUUUCCCCGGGGGUCUGUCCAAGGCCGCUCCAGUCACUCCUCCACCCCGGCCUACAGGUUCUCCACCCGGCACAGAUUCCAAACCAGCCUUGGCUACACCUAUUCGACAACUUACUCGGGCAGAAAAACUGGAAAAAGAUGCCAAAGGGAAGCUAGUGGCCGACCCCUCCAAGCUUUCGGCCAUGGUCUCCUGGCCGACACCUAAGACCCUUAAACAGCUACGCGGGUUCCUUGGUCUCGCGGGUUAUUACCGUUGUUUUAUCCGACACUAUUCUCAUAUUGCGGCACCAUUAACUAAUCUCUUGAAGAAGGAUGCAUUCUCGUGGGAUGACCGUGCCCAAGCCACAUUUGAAGCUCUCAAGAAGGCCAUGAAAGCUACGCCCGUCAUCAACUUGCCUAACUUUUCCUUUCUAUUUGUGGUCGAAACGGACGCAAGCGCGGUCGGCAUUAGGGUUGUCCUCCUCUAAAAAGAGCAGCCGGUGGCCUUCUUUAGUAAGAAAUUGGGGCAGCGCCGGGCAGCGGCAUCAGCGUACCAUCGCGAGUUUUAUGCCAUAGUGGAAGUAGUACAAAAGUGGCGGCAAUACUUACUCGGGCGAGCCUUCAUCAUCCCUACGGAUCAAUGCAGCCUGAAGGAGCUCUGGCAACAGGUUAUUCAGACACCCAAUCAAAAGUUUUACAUCCG